AUGGCGCUAACUCCUUUUCCUGCUUCUGCUUCUUCUUCUUAUCCAAAUCUUCUGCAGUUAUCUGCUAAAUCUCCAUCUCCUUCUCUAUAUCCUUCCGUACAUUAUCUUCUCUUCGGUUAUCCAUGUCCCACCGCUUCGCCCUUUUUGCUUCAAAAGAGCGGACUUCCCCUACUCCCGGUCGCAGUGAAACCUUCUUCUUCUUGUAGGAGCAAGAUCAAGUACUUUACUACUAGAUCAUCCACGAAAGAAGACCGUUUGAUCCAACCGGAACCGUUGCCCGCUGAUAACGUUGGCAGCGAUGAUGAUGAAUUUGGAGGGACUGAUGAUCCGAACUCGCAGCAGCACCAUAACUCUGCAGUUGCGAUGCAGAGGACCACUACAUCUUCCAGUGAUUCUCCAUCGCUUGGAAUUCGUGAGCCUGUUUAUGAGGUGGUAGAGGUGAAGUCAAAUGGAGUAGUAUCUACAAGAAAGAUAAACCGACGUCAAUUACUGAAAUCAAGUGGCCUUCGUCCAAGAGACAUCCGAAGCGUCGAUCCAUCAUUGUUUUUGACAAACUCGGGGCCAUCUCUUCUGGUACGAGAGCAUGCAAUUCUACUUACGCUGGGAUCAUUACGAGCAAUUGCAAUGAGAGAUUGUGUUCUUAUAUUCGACUAUCAUCGCAAAGGCGGAAAGGCUUUUAUGGACACAUUGUUGCCUCGACUGAAUACCAUGAAUGGAGGGCAUUGUAUGCCAUUCGAGCUUGAGGUUGUUGAAGCAGCAUUACUUUCACGAAUACAGCGGUUGGAGCAGAGACUAAUGGAUAUAGAACCUCGUGUUCAAGCUCUGCUUGAAGAGUUGCCUUACAAAUUAACCGCUGACAUAUUGGAGCAACUUCGUAUUAGCAAGCAGAAUUUGGUUGAAUUGGGUUCAAGAGCAGGGGCCCUUAGACAAAUGCUGCUUGAUCUUUUGGAGGACCCCCAUGAAAUACGUCGAAUAUGUAUAAUGGGAAGAAACUGUACUUUGAAAAAGGGAACUGAUGAAAUGGAAUGUUCUCUACCCUUAGAAAAAAUGAUUGCUGAAGAAGAGGAGGAAGAGAUCGAGAUGCUUUUGGAAAAUUAUCUUCAAAGAUGUGAAUCUUGCCAUGGUCAGGCUGAAAGGCUUCUUGAUUCUGCAAAAGAAAUGGAAGAUUCUAUUGCUGUCAAUUUAAGCUCUCGGAGGCUUGAGGUAAGCAGAUUGGAACUACUUCUUCAGGUCGGGACAUUUUGUGUGGCAGUCGGUGCUCUAGUAGCAGGUAUAUUCGGCAUGAACUUGAGGUCCUAUCUUGAAGACCAUAUGUUUGCCUUCUGGCUAACCACAGCAGGGAUUUUUGUUGGUGGUGUUGUGGCUUUUUUUCUCAUGUAUUCAUAUCUGAGAGCUCGGAGAAUCCUUUAAAUUUAGGUAAGCUGUUGAUUACCUUAAAGCUAGUUUUUUUUAGCCUUUUAGAACAUAAAACUAGGAAAUUGUUAAACAGAAGCAUAUAUACAUUUAAGUAUAUGUAUAUUUAUGUCGAAUUGUAUAGACUCGGAA